AUGACCCACCUAAUGUGGCUAACUUUGAUGACAUAGAAUUCCAGUGGGGAAACUGCACUGAGGACCUUAGCAACAAACUUGUCACCCCUUUUAAACAGCUGCGGGGGUGGUAAGGUAGUCGCUAUCGUACGAAUCACCGUCGACCAUUCCUCGCCUAGUUCCUUUUCGCUCAGCGGUUGAACCACGUCAAAUUCAUCUUCAGAUUGUUCGUUCAUGGACAUCCCAUCUUCGAACAUUUUCUCCACAGGACUGGUAUUACCAUUCGAGUCCACCGACGUAUAGCUAUGUGAUCGCUUUGUCUGACCACAGUUCACAUUCACGCGUUCGAAUCGUGAAGACAGCACUUCGUAG